GAUUUUUCUGAGAAGCUCGUAAAACUAAGUCAGAAGAUCUUUUUCUUUCUUCCUCCUGUAAGUGGUAACAACCUCAAGUUUCCGUUUACUCAGGUACCCUGGCAUUUGAAUCUGAGCAGAAUAAUGCUUAGAAUCCAAACACACACAACAAUGAAUCGCUGUUUCCUGAAACACUGGAUGUUGGUGACUCCUCUCCUUUGGUAUUGCCUUAAAGUUGCAGAGAACUUGCCAGCUGGGAGGGCUCAGAAAGAAACCCGGUUUCCUGGAAGAGCUAAGCGUGGCUGGGUGUGGAACCAAUUUGUUGUACCAGAGGAAAUGGAUACUAGACAACAUGUUGGACGGCUAAGAUCUGAAUUAGACAAUGGAAACAACUCUUUCCAGUACAAUCUACUGGGGACAGGAGCUGGAAGCUUCAGCAUUGAUGAACGAACAGGUGACAUAUUUGCCAUCCGGAAGCUCGAUAGAGAGGAACAAUCCCUCUACAUCCUGAGAGCCCAGGUAACAGACACCAGCACUGGAAAGGCUGUGGAACCUGAGUCUGAGUUUGUCAUCAGAGUUUCGGAUAUCAAUGAUAAUGAACCCAAAUUCCUAUAUGAACCCUAUGAAGCCACUGUCCCAGAGAUGUCUCCAGAAGGAACAUUUGUCAUCAAGGUGACAGCCAAUGAUGCUGAUGACCCUGCAACUGGUUAUCAUGCUCGAAUCCUAUACAACUUAGAACAAGGACAACCAUAUUUUUCUGUUGAGCCAACAACAGGUGUCAUAAGAAUAUCUUCUAAAAUGGAUAGAGAGUUACAAGAUACGUACUGUGUAAUUAUUAAAGCCAGAGACAUGCUUGGUCAGCCUGGAGCCUUGUCUGGAACAACGACAGUAUCAAUUAGGUUGUCAGAUAUUAAUGACAACAAGCCAAUAUUCAAAGAAAGUUUCUACCGCUUCACUGUAUCUGAGUCUGCACCCAGUGGUACAUCUAUAGGAAAAAUUAUGGCCUAUGAUGAUGAUAUAGGAGAGAAUGCAGAAAUGGACUACAGCAUUGAAGAGGAUGAUUCACAAACAUUUGGCAUCAUCACUGAUAAUGAGACUCAAGAAGGUAUAAUUAUACUAAGAAAGAGAAUUGAUUUUGAGAAUCAGAGCCAUUACGGCUUUAGAGCUAAAGUUAGAAACCGCCAUGUUGACGAGGAACUUGCACUAGCCCAUGAAAAUGCCUCCUCAACCUACAUCAAAGUUCAAGUGGAAGAUGAAGAUGAACCUCCUUUUUUCCUAUUACCAUAUUAUAUAUUUGGAAUUCCUGAAGAAAUGCCAUAUGGAUCAAUGGUAGGAACAGUAUCUGCUAUAGACACAGAUAGAAGACAAUCUCCUAUAAGAUAUUCACUCACUGGAAGCAAAAUGUUCCAUAUCAAUGACAAUGGAACAAUAAUUACCACUAACCUCCUUGACAGGGAAGUCAGUGCUUGGUACAACCUGAGUGUCACAGCUACAGAAGCAUACAAUGUACAACAGAUCUCUUCAGCUCCUGUAUAUGUACAAGUUUUUAAUAUUAAUGACCAUGCUCCUGAGUUCUCUCAGUACUACGAGACUUAUGUUUGUGAAAAUGCUGAAUUUGGUGAGGUAAUUCAGAUCAUCAGUGCAAUAGACAGAGAUGAGUCCGUAGAAGAUCACCAUUUUUACUUUAAUCACUCUGUGGAAGACACAAACAACUCAAGUUUCAUACUAACAGACAAUCAAGAUAACACAGCUGCAGUUCUGACAAAUAGAACUGGUUUUAGCCUUAAAGAAGAGCCUGUCUUCUCCAUGAUCAUCUUGAUUGCUGAUAAUGGAAUCCCAUCUCUUACAAGCACAAACACCCUCACCAUACAAGUCUGUGACUGUGGAGAAAGUAGAAGCACAGAGAUGUGCACUAACAAGGGACUUCUGUUUCUCAUGGGAUUCAAAACAGAAGUAAUAAUUGCCAUCCUGGUAUGCAUUAUGGUAAUAUUUGGGUUUAUCAUUUUGAUGCUGGCUAUAAAGCAGCGGAGAAAGCAAACGCUUAUUCCAGAGAAAAGUGAAGAAUUUGGAGAGAAUAUAUUUUGCUUUGAUGACGAAGGCGGUGGAGAAGAAGAUUCAGAUGCCUUUGAUGUUGUAGAGAUGAGAAGCAGCAUGGUCAUGAGAGAAAGAAAGCCUCGCAAAAGCAAGAGCGUGGAGAUAAGGAGCCUGUACAGGCAGUCCCUGCAGGUCGGGCCAGACAGUGCCAUAUUCAGACAAUUCAUCCUAGAGAAGCUAGAAGAAGCAAACACAGAUCCAUGUGCUCCACCCUUUGACUCACUGCAGACCUUUGCUUUUGAAGGCACAGGGUCAUCAAGUGGCUCUCUGAGCUCCAUAGGAUCCAGAUCCACUGAUCAGGAAGAUAAUUUUGAUUACCUUAAUGACUUAGGACCUCGUUUUAAAAGAUUAGCAUGUAUGUUUGGUUCUGCAACGCAACCGAACAAUUAAGGCUUCCCUAUCUCAACAUGCAAGAAGUAUUAAGUUGUAUAUACAUGAAAUGGUAGGCUUUUGGUAGAAUUGCAGUCUCUGGUUUUCUGUCUAGUAGGAGCCCUUUAUGUAGAAUUAUGAUCUUUUGAAAUACACACUCAUGGAUAUUUCCAGUUCAACACAGAGGUUGGGAGGGAUAAAACUAAUCAUAUUUUAGAUAACACUGCAAGCCACCCCUACUGUAUCACUGAGAUGGUCCUCUAAAAUUUUUCAGUGUAAUCCAAUGCAAAUUCUCAACAACUCAGAAGGGGAAAAUAAGAAAUGCACCAAAUAAAGCCGUCUGCGCAGUUUUUCAUCUGCCCAU